AUGAUUCCUUCGAUACCAUCAAAGCACAUUUUUUCAAAGUAUUUAUUUAAACCAUCAUCGUCGUCAUCUUGUCCAUCUUUAUUACUAUCACCAUUAUUAUCAAUCAAAACAACAAACAAUUUAUUCAAAAUCCAACUUAAUCAUUACUCUAGCAAAAAAAAGCUAAAAAGAGAACCAAUUAAAUCAAGACCAGAAUUAUUCACACAACAAAUUGUUUUAUCAAAUGGAGCUACUUUUACAAUGCGGACAACAUCGCCUAAACCAUUAAUCAAAUUAAUACGAGAUACUCGUAAUCAUCCAUUGUGGAACCCUGAAACAUUUUCAGGUCAUUUGAGUGAUGAAAGUGGACAAUUGUCUAAAUUUAAGAAAAAAUUUGGUGAAGAAAUUUACGAUUUAGAUUUUGUUCAAUCAGAAGGAGCAUUACCAGAGAUUACUAGUUUUCAUGGAUCUGUAUCAUUUGCACGAACUGAAACUCUAACUGUUCUUCCUAUAUCUGCAUCUGAAGUAAAAAAGGAAGUCAAAGGCAAAGAUUGUGCGUGA